AUGGCGAGAGCGGGUGGCCUCCGUACCACGGAACUACGCAUCACGCCGCGGGUCGUACAGCGAGGCAAGAACGUCACAAUGUCUUGCCUAUUCCCACCUCACGAGUAUGGAGUCUACUCGGUUAAGUGGUACAAGGGAACUCAGGAGUUCUACCGGUACUCACCGCUAGAUUCACCCCAGAUAAGGCUGCUACCAGUCAAUGGGAUUAAAGUUGAUAGGUUAAGGUCGAAUGAGACACACGUAUUUUUAAUUCGGGUAGGAGCGAACCUCAGCGGCAACUACACGUGCGAGGCAAUACACAACUCACAUGCCUACCCUCAGUACAUGGCCUCAGCGAGGCUUGAUGUUGUUGCUGUAGGAGGUCUUCGAGCAACAGAUCUUCGGAUAUCCCCUCCAGUGGUGCAGAGAGGGAAUGACACGACUCUAGCGUGUCUGUACGAGCUGACAGACGCGCCCCUAUACUCCGUGAAGUGGUAUAGAGGGCGCCACGAGUUCUACCGCUACUCUCCCACAGAGAAUCCUACUACGAAGAUAUUUCCCUUCGCUGGAAUCAAUGUUGAUUUGGCGAGGUCCAAUCAGAGUCAAGUGGUGCUAACCAGGGUCAGUUUCGGUCUAUCCGGCAACUUCAGCUGCGAGGUAACAGCAGACGCGCCUUCCUUCGCCACCUCUAUCGUUUCUAACACUAUGGAGGUAGUUGCUCUCCCGCCAUCUUUGCCGGUAAUACAGACAGACAAGCAUUACUACGGCCCAGGCGACGUGCUCCACGCCAACUGCACAUCAGGACCAAGUCGACCACCGGCCGACCUCGUGUUCUUACUCAAUGACAUACCUCAUGAAGCAGAUGCUCACCAAGUCCACCCAGCGCCGGAGGGUCUCUUCCGUUCCGAGAUUUACAGCAGUAUACAGCUGUGGCCAGCCCACUAUGAACGUGGAGCUCCCAUACUGCGCUGUCAAGCCAAGAUCGUAGACCUUUACAAAGAUGAUGCAGCAGUUGCAUUGUAUUCAGGGAAUAGUCACCCUAAGAUUGAAAGAGCAAUUGUACAAAUGAUCAUAAAGUGA